GAGACGCUGGAGAUGUCUCCAAGAUUGGGGCGUCAUCCCUUAAUCCGAACAUCAGAAAGCAACCUUGGGGAGCCCCUCAGCCUGCAGCAACAGAUACUGUCCCACAGUGACUUUUCGAGUCGCUGGGCAGUUUCGGGGCUGAGCGGACCCCAAGAAACCUGCACCGACGGGCUCCUGAUGCGAGCGUCCAGCGCUCGCGGAGUAGAGAGUCGCGGUGGUGAUGGCACUCGUGCUGCUCGCUUGUGGGGCGCUGGUGACUGCAGGUUCUCUGAGAGUGGAGGUGCCACUAAGGAAACUGACCGUACGCCUGAAUGACAAUGUCACCAUGCCCUGCAAUUUCUCUGGCUUCGCAAGGCUGGAUCUAUGUGUUAUGGGCAUUAGGUGGUAUCGCAUAGAUCCUGAGUCUAAAUCGAAGAUCACGGUGUUGGAGCUAUUUGGCAAUAAUAAAAACAUUCCCAGAACUGGGGCUGAAGUGUCUCCAGAGAGGCUACAGAGGGGCGACGCCUCACUGCAGCUGCCUGCGGUCCAGCUGGGGGAUGCAGGAGUAUACUGGUGCGAGGUGGUGGACACCCCUGCCAUGGAAGAUGACAGCAUCUUGCUGGAAGUCCUGGAUGAGCAAACCAGCAGAGCAUUUCCGGAGGGAAACGUGGGAAAAGCAUCUAAGAAGAUAGAUUCCAUCUGGAUCCUUGCUCUUCCUAUCUUACUGACUUUAAUAGUGAAUUUUAAUAUACUGGAACAAGGUGCUCUUGUUGUAAACUAAAACCCAGCUGUGACAAUGAAGAAAGAACUGUAGCCCUACAAAGCAUGAUCGUUUACAAAGAUAACUCCAAUUCCUCACUGUUUCUUUGUGCACAUCUGCUGUCACAUAAAUUUCCCGUGCCCUCCAGCCCACUCUCUGGACAGUGGGCUCAGGCAUGUGCCUUACUCCAGCUAGUAUAAGAAAGUGACUCCACGCCAGUUCUCACUGUGCCCUUGAGAGGCCAUUUGUGUCUCCCUUUGCUGUCUUUGGUGCUUCUGACAUGAGAAGGACAAACCCUGGCUGGCCUGCUGGAGGAGAAGCAAUACAGGCCACAGGGCCACAUCAUCGCGGGUGAAGUGACAGCCAUUCAUCUCCACUCAUGCCGAUCUACCUGUGUUCAGCAGUGCUGACAGAGCCAACUCUCAAGACAGGAGAAAUAUUUUUAAUUAAAUAUUUAUUUUUCAGUAAUGAUAUUUGUCAAUCUAACUGUGGUCAGGUGUGCUGACUGGGCGAACUCUAAGGACAAGAGAAAUAUUGAACUGAAUAUUUAUUUUUGAACAAUGAUAUUUAGCCACAUCCAUGAACUAGCCUAACCCUAACCCUAAGGCGCCCAAGAUGAGCUAGAUGAACAAGUUGUUAGGCAGAGGGGUUUCCACUGACUUUGAUCUGAGUGCAACUAUUUUUCUCCCACCAGGAGAGGAGGCUGCACCCCAGCUCGGCUUUCUGCAUUCUGACUUGUAUCUUCCUUUCUUCAUCCUCACCAUUCUUCCCCCAGGAAACUCAAGAGCUGCACUGGAUGCAGCAUUUUGGCCCCUGAUAGGGACCGGAGGCAUGAGGAAAAUCAUCAUACAGCAUGUGAGAGGACACCUCUGGUUCUCAUAUGCAGGUGCUCUUGUUGUAAACCAAAACAUGAAUCAAACAGGUUCAUGAGAAUAAAAGAGCACAGCAGGCUCACAAGAGGCACAGGCAAUAACAAUGCAUGGGCUGAUAAUUAAACUCCAUAACCCACCUACUCCCCGGCCCCAGUAAGAAAUCCACUGUUUCAGAGGACAGGCUGAGUUGAUAGCAACUAAGGUCCAUAAAGCGACUAAAUGCAUUUCUUUUUUGGUGGACAAGCAUUCUGAGCAUCUCUUGGGAGGAUGACAGUAUGCAAGAUAGCAAAUAUGAGGGAUUUCCUUCUAUCUUGUCUUUGAAAUCCAAUAUUGGUCUUACUGUUUUACUUUGUUCUGAUUAAUUGAUUUGCUUUAUUCAGUAUUCUGUUUUGAUUGGUUUUAGUCCAUUUUGGCUUUGGUUUGAUUUUGCUCUACCCGAUGGCAUGGACAACUAUUGUGAAGAUAACAAGAUAUACUAUGGUAGCUAUCAUUGUUUUCCUAGUACCCUGCACUGAAGUUCUGUACCAAUUUUGCUGCUUUGUCUUGAUUGGCUUUUUUCUGUUUUGUUUUUUUGGAUUUUAUUAUCUCUCAAAUCAAACAUACAUAAGCAGGAGAGGUGUUAUCAACAUUCAUUUCUUUGGGUAUAAAACACGGGGCAAACAGGCUCUGAAGAACAACAGAUGUAUACAGAAAUGCUUGGUGUAUUAUUUAUUCCUGCAUUUACUUUUUGUUUUUGGACUGGCAUCUGUGAGUGUCUUGAUGACCGUGCACCUGUUGAGAUGACCACAGAGAAUUUGGCUUGGAGCACUAUCUUAAAACUAAGUCCCUAGCAAAAAAGUUCAGUGGAGCUGUGGCACAAAGUGUCCCGCCCCAGACAGUGUACUUCAGUUUGUUAGUUGCCCAGGGAAUGCUUCCUUUUCUAGUUGUGGUUGCUCCUGACUCUUAGAAACAGCUGGUCACUGAGAUGCACAUUGUAUAAACCAGUCCCCCAUUAACAAGCCAUUCUGCCUGUGCACUUUUUGGUUGCUUAUCUCAUAUGAAC